GUUAAAAUUACAUGUUGGACUAUCCAAAAAAAUAAAUAAAUAAAAAUCCUUUCUUCUCUUCCUUUGAUGACAGUACUAACCGAGUCAUCCUGCAUGUUAUUUUUAUUGCUACUGGUGGAACUUCCUGUCUUAGCAAUGUCUCGUCCAACCCCAAUGAGACAUCGCAAAGACAGCCUUACAAAGCUGUCUCAGAAGAUGCGUCGGCUGAUAAAUAUAGUGCAAAGGGCCGUGCACCACCUUGACACCAGUUUACCCUUCGAACACAACCUUACCUCUCUGCCUACUUUAAACUUCAGGCCACGAGACCUAGCAGCAGUGAAGAGAAAUAGCACCCUAUCACAGCUCUCUUCAGGCCUCCACUCUUUCAAGCUGCACUUUGACUGGCUGCUGUACUGGCACAACCAAUCAGGUUUGGUGUCAAAUAAAAUCAAGGAAAUUGCAGACGAAAUCCAGUCUAUCAGCAUGCUUGAACAAAUACAGACAAAUUCAUCUGCACAAAAUACUCUUCUCUCCAUGCCUCCUCUUACAUCUGCCUGGGACAUAUACAGGACAUCUGCAGUAAUUCACAAGAGACUACUGGACUUCUGUAACUGGUAUCUUAGAGCUCUACAGGUCCUCAUCUACAACUGAUGACAAGAGAGGCCACUACCAAGAAGGACACCGCUAGAUUUAAAAACGUGACAGUGUUGGAUCUGGAAGAAUUAGACAGUGGCCAGUUAUUUCUGCCUUUGACGAUUUUUUUUUUGUUAAAAUUAAUUGUUUUUACACUUAAGACACUUUUUGUCUCAUACAGAUUUCA